AUCUGAUUUCUCUCACUUCUCCAUCUCCGAUGCGGCAGAUUACAAAGACUCCAAGAGUGGAUCUUUUCCUCCAACUUCGGCCACUGGCAGACGACGACGACGACGGCGAUCCUCACAGAUAAGUUUUAAUCUCUUGCUCUUCAUUCUUCUUCUUCUUCCUCUCCUCCUCCUUUUCUUCUAAAUUCCCCUUCUUUUCUCUUAUGUUAAUUUAAUCGGCAGUGGAGCUUUAAGGAGCUUUUUGUUUUCAUAGAGAAAUUGGUGGCUUGUUUGAUUAGGACCAUUUUUUUUUGCUUUAAUUUUCUUCUUUCCUAGAUGAUCUGUAUUUACGUUUUUAUUUAUUGAGUUUUGAUUUUCUCUUUCAAUUGAACGAUUGACUUUUAAUUUCUUUUUUGAGUUAGUUCGGUUGAGUAAAAUCAUUUUCUUUUAAUUUCUUUUGUGAAAGAUUGAUAUUUAUUUAACAUUAUAGAAUAUAAUUUUUUACAUUUAAUUUCAGUCAAUAUUUUGGUAGAAAUUAUUUUCUGGUUUGAAUCUGAAAUUGCCAUAAUUGCCAUUUUAAAGUGUUUUUAUGGUAUUAAGAUCAAAAUAUUACUCCUUUGUAAAUCAAAAUUGCCAUAAUUGAAAUUGCCAUUAUUGCCAUAUUUUUUAAAUAUAAAAAGAUAUUUUCGCAUUUAGUGUCAUUUGUAUGGCACUAUCUCCAAGAGGAUGGAGAUAUAUGACAUUUGCUGAUAAAUAUUUAUAAUGUCAUUAAUUGCCAAAAUGACAAUGGAACUUCUUCUCUUUUAAUAUGAAUGCCAUUAAGAUGACAUUCAAGGGAUGAGAUGUUAUUCUAAAGCAUUCUUAAUUUCUAGAUCUGAGAUGAUGGAGUCAAAAGAGGCUAUGGGAUGGAGAUGGCGGCACCAGAAAUAGAGAUGGCCGGUGGUGACCCUGGAAAGAGGCAGCGGCGGAGAUGGUUGUGGCAGCGGCGUCCGACGAUUGUGGAGACUGGCGGCGUCCGGCGACUGUGGAGACUGGCGGCGACCGGCGACUGCGGAGACCGGCGGCAUCCGGCGACAGUGGAGACCGGCGGCGUCCGGAGACAGCGGAGACCGGCGACAUCUGGCGACGGUGGAGAAAGGAAAAAUAUGUUGUUGACUUGUUGUGUAAUAAUCCGUACAUUAAUUAGUUUGUUAUUCUAUUUUAUAUUUUUACUAAAUAAGUUGGAGCAAUCAUUAAGGGCAUUUUUGUCUCUUACUAUUAAUUUCCGUAUGACAAACUACACUUGAGAUAGGAGUUCUACUUUUGCAUAUUCAUUAUGUUUUACUCCUAAACAAGGAAUUCUCUCAUGAACUGAUGAACAAAAGCAUCUUUUGAUUUUAGCCGCCUCGAGAUACAAUCGGUUCCUCAUUGAACAGUUUAUUUUGCUUUAGGCAUACUGUUAUUUUGCAACUAACGAGUAUAAUCAUCGCAUAAUUUGUGGUAUUUAAUGUUUGGGUUGAUUUUCUUUUACAAUUUACAAUUUGAGUUGAAUUUGUUCUCUAGUUUUGAUUUUUGUUUGUUCAGUACUUUCCGUCCAAGCCUGCAAGCUUGGAUUUUUAAAUGUAGAUGCUCAUAAAUUUACCGUCAAUGGAAGAUUAUUGAAAGAAACCAAUCUGGGAAUUCACCAAAUAGGUACAAUUUGACAUGGAUUCAGGGUCUAAUCCUAACCUUGCUAACCUGUCAAGCCAAAUUCCAAAUCAAUUUAUUCCCAUAAGCCAUCAGUUUCAGCCCCCAUAUCAGCUCAAUCCAUUAAAUGGUUCUUAUCCUCCUUAUAAUGACCUACCUUACGGAUCUCACUUCUCAUUCCAAAAUCUCUUAAACACUCCCAUUAUUUCAAGUGAGCCCACUGAAACACACAACUCACGCGGAGGAGGGAGAAGGAACCCCAAAGAUUUCCAUGAUAGUUCCAAUACUUCUCAACCUUUCACUUCUAAAAGAGAUUAUUGGAGUUCAGAAGAAAAUGUUGCACUAACAAAAGCAUGGCUACGUAUUUCUACGGAUCCUGAUGUUGGUAACAAUCAGAAACUGACAGCUAUGUGGGAGCGAAUCUUGCAAGUUUGGAGGGACACCAUGGGAGAUAAAUUCAAUAAUGCCAGAAACAGUAACACCAUCCAAUGCCGAUGGACAAAAAUACAGAAAGCAAUCAAUAAAUUCCACGGAAUUUAUGAAAAACUUGAAAGGCAUCCUCAAAGUGGAUCAAACCCAGAAUAUUUAAAAACAAAGGCGUUGAGAAUGUAUGAAAGGCUUUCAAGUGGUAAUAAGAAAAAAGAAUUCAAGUAUGUGCAUUGCUGGGAACUUCUGAUCAGGAAUGCAAAAUGGUGCACAAAUCAGCUUACAAGGUCUUCUACAUCUGAUAAAGAUUGUUUAGUCAAUGGUAACACCGUGGUAACAGAUAAGAACACACCUAAUGUGGGCAAUUGUUCUGUGGAGCCUGAAAAAGUUACAUGUGAUGAAAUUGUGCGCCCACAGGGAAGGAAGAGUUGUAAAGAAAGAAAGCGUAAGUUGAAUUCAGAAAAUGGAGUGAUAGAAGCGUUGAGUAAAUUACAGUGUAACUUAGACAAGCAAGUCGAAUUUAAUAUGGCAAAGAUGGAAUUGAAGAAGGAACUAAUGAAGAAGGAGAUAGAACUAAAAGAGCAUAGUAAAAAAUGAAGGUGAAAGAUCAAGAAAUGAGAGAGCGAGGCAGCGAGCCCAAAAAAGAUUAGAACAAGGACGCAUUAUGAAUCUUGAUUUGAGUAAGCUAUCCCCUACAGCCUGAGCUAUAUAUGAAAUAUUACAAGCUCAAAUAUCAAAGGAGUGGGAAAGUGGUAGCUUUUAUACUUGAAUACAUCAGAGAUACAUUAAUGCAUUUUAGUUUCAAACAUGUCAGUGUCAUUUGAUUUCAAAGAAUUUAUUCUUCCUUUAUAGCAUUAGUGAUUUAGAUGGUUUAAUUAUAUAUUUCCUAAGAAUAUAUGAACCUUGUUUGUUUAUUAAUGACAUUAUUCAUUUUUUCCCUAUUAAAUCAAAUGUAUUGUUUAUUUUUGUCCA